AAAUCAUGUGCGACUCAAACUUCAAACUUGGUCUCAACUUUGAUUCCACGUAAAUGCUCGACAAGAGACAAUCACAAUAAACACGAAGGCAAAACAAACCACAACCACCAAGCCGCCCAGUAAUUAUCUCACCUUUAUCGGCCCCAUCGAUUACUUGAAUCGACGCGAAAUCGCGAAACCGCAAUGGCUUCCCACAAGGCCUUUGUCCUCGGCGCGACCGGUGUUCAGGGCGGCGCUGUCGCCCGCCAGCUUCGCGCUCUUGGUUGGAAUGUGGCUACCAUCGCGAGGGACCCGGACUCGGCGGCAGCCCAAGCUCUUGGAGCCAUCGGUGUGCAAGUUCAUCAAGGCUCCUGGACGGACUCGGUGGCCCUGGAGGCAGCCAUGGUCGGUAGCAAGUCGCUCUUUCUGAACCUGGUGCCGGUCAUGGAAAAUCCCGCCAGCGAGCUUGAGCAGGGCCGCGAGAUACUGAGAAUCGCCCGGCUCGCCGGUGUAGAGCACGUCGUCUACAGCAGCGCCAUGUUCGUCCCGGUCGACGACCCCAACCACAUCCUGGAAACCGCCUUCAAGGCCAAGACGGACUUGGAGAAGCUGGUACAGACGUCAGGCUUCCCUCGCUGGACCGUCCUGCGCCCGGGCUUCUUCAUGUCCAACUAUCUGGCGCCCAAGAUCCACCUUCUCUAUCCGGGCACGGCCGAGACGGGCCUGUUCCAGCUGGCGAUGGAACCGACGGCGCGCCUCCCCAUGGUCGACCACGAGGACAUCGGCAAGUACGCCGCGGCGGCCUUCCUGGAGCCGGACCGCUUCCGCGGGCAGGUCCUCCACCUGAUCAGCGAGGUGGUGCCGGUCGAGCGGGCCAUGGAGACGAUGCGCCGCGUCACGGGCCGCAACAUCCGCGCCAAGUACCUGAGCGACCAGGAGGUCGAGGCCAUGCUGCCGAGCCACCCGCUGAUGGUGCUGCAGCAGGUGGCCGCCCGCCUCGUCGAGGCCCUGGAUGAUGGCUACGACGCCCCUGCAGAGGCGCGCAAGUGGGGCAUCGAGACGAACACGUUCGGCCACUUUGUGGAGCGCCACAAGUCGGACUUUGACGAGACUUUUCGGAACGUUUAACUGCUGAGCCAUGCUCUGCUCAGAGACACGCGGAGGCGUCGGCAGCGGGUUAUUAUUGAUGAGCAUCAUCAUGAUUUCUUUCGGGUUUGUGAAUGUUGUGAUGUGAUUGACUCAUAGACUUCGCUCUGCUGGGGUUAUCGCUGCCCGCUGUUGGAGUUUUUAUGACUGAGCAGUUCUGAAACGGGUUAAACCGGGCGCGUAACGGAGAGCAGAAGGAGGAGGAGGGAAGGGGGCAGGCAUAGAGAGGGCUCGGUUUGGACAACGGCGGUGCACCAGGUAUCUCUCAAGUUCUAUUAUUUGUACUUCGACGCGUUUGCGCCGUCAAGGAUGAAGGGUUCAUGACUUAUUUUUUUUUCCCAUGGCAUCCAAGCACUCCCAAUCGAGUAGGUGUGAAUGUGUAUAAGUAA